CAUGUACAUCCCCGAAAGAACCGAAACAAAACAAAGCUGUGACAGAAAAAAAACUCGAGUUUACGCAGUUUACGGGACAUCAAAAUUUUGUUUUUUUUUCCGCAAGAAAAUUUUAAAAAUCUUAUCAAAAUCUUCAGUUAUGGAUCGGGAUAACCCGUGGAUGAAUGACGAUCGACACGACGACGAAGAUUGCCAAGAUGAACAGCCGCCAUUCGAAGUCGUGCAGGAAGAACUGGAUGAUGAGUAUGGCCGUGAAUAUUUCCGCAAAUUUGAAACGAAUCCACUCUACGAUAGAAAUGAAUACGAUGCAUCGUACAAAUCAAUCCGGGUAGUAAGAAAAUAUUGUCAAGAAAGAGGCUUGCCAUAUCUCCGCCACAACGGACACCAACAACCUGCCCGGAGUGUUAAAGAUGCUUGCACCUGCCGGAAGCUUUGCUAUGCCAAGUUCUCUGACGAUUUGCGAGCAAAACUUUUGAACAAUCUACUGGAACUGUCCGCUGAUGGUCAAAACACAUUCCUUAUAUGCCACAUAGAGUCAAUUCCGGCGCAUUGUCCGAAGCAAGCACAGCAACAAAAGUCCGUUCGGAACUACUAUUUGCCGUCCGAUUCUGGGCGAGUCAGGGUAUGCAAGGUAAUGUUCGCUAACACCUUCGACCUAAGUGCGAAAAAGCUUCGAGGGAUACACCGGAAAGCGACAUCCGGCGCAUACGAUGAGUGGCUCAAACAGCUGCUUCCGGUGCAAGAGGGUUUAGAUAUUGGUCCGGAGGAACAGGACUCAAGUUCUGAUGUAGAAAACAUACAUGAAAGCUCUGCUGAAGAUCCAAUACUGAAUGAUCAAUCCGAGGAAAAUCAAUCAAACGAUGGAUCAGAUGAUGAUUCGGACAUCGAACUUGCUCCACUCAAUACGGAAAACGAUGAUAAACUCAAUACGGAAAAUGCUACCGAGGAACCAAAACCAUUAUUAGAUGAUGCAUUCUUAGAUCGAUAUUUCCGCCAACUGUACGAGGCUGACCCGCCUAAUGAGGAAUUAGAAAGCGACAAAAUCAAACCUCGCGGUUCAGUGCUAGACAUACUCUCGGAGCCGUGUAAAUGUGUCGUCUAUCAUUGCACACGGUGGUUUACGGAUGAUUUACGCCAAAAGAUUCGCAGUCGUUACGCCAUGUUGCCCCCUUCAAAGCAGGACCGUUUCCUACAAGAUCACACUAAGCAAAUUAUGAAAAAGCGUCACAAAAACCAUUUAUCCAGACGAAAUUUUACCUACCUAUACCUUAUACCGACGGCAAGUGGUAUGAAAAAUGUUUGCAAAGUGAUGUUUCUGAACACGUUUAAAGUUAAUGAUCACUUAAUAAGGGAUUUAAAUAGCAAAAAGGAAUCGACAGAAACAACGGAGGAAGCCAACCAGGAUGCAGCACAAAAUGUUCAGAGUAACAAAAAGCGAGUAUCCAGCAUUUUCGCCUUCGACCCGACUCUCAUAGAUCCACUAGCUUUACCGGAAGGAUCCACUAGCUUUACCAGAAGGAAACGAAGAUCAUCUAAGCUGUCUGAAGACACCGAAACCUCUAUCGUAAAGGGUAAGAUCCCAAAGACUAAUGCAGGCACAAAAUCCAAGAAAAGUACUCAAGCAGAAGGUACGAAAAGACAGGAAGUGAAGGAUGGCGAUGACGACUUAUCGGAAAGCAAUAUUUCCCGUCAAACCAAAUCGUUCCAAUAUCCGCCUGAAGCCGAAAUUGAUGACGCUUUUUUGGAUGAAUAUUUUCUCAGCUAUGAGACAAACGAUGACCACCCAGCAAACACGAAAAGCUGGCUCAACUUGGAGGACAGCCCAGCCGUUCCGUCAGCUUGUACCUGCCAGAAGCGCUGUUUCAACGCAUUCCCAAAUGAUUCUCGCGUUAAAAUUUUCACCCGCUUUGCCAAAUUAACGCCAAUCAAUCAACAACGAUUUUUGUACCGUCACGUCCGAAUUAAACGGCAUAUAGGCUCGGCUACACGAAAGAAAAAAUACUGCACUUAUUUCCUGCCUUCCAAAACUGGACUUGUGAAGGUAUGUUCUGUUAUGUUCAUAAGACUGUACGGGGUUACCGAAAAGAAGAUGCGAUCGUUGGUGAAGCGGCGCUAUUUGGGAGUAGGUUCCGGUAACAAUGUCCGAACGAAGCAGGUGAAGGAUAAGCCAGAAGAGUGCAGUACUUCUGGUGUGCCACCGCGUGAAGUUGUCCCAGACGAUGUGGAAGACAUAAUCCAGAUCGAAACACCUUUGCUGCAACCAUCUAAUGAAACAAACAUCAAUCAGAAUGAAGAAUUUAGUUUAGAUAUCCCAAUGGACACCGUGAUUGACGACGAAGAGCUGGAUAUUAAGUAUUCGUAUGAGUUACUUAACAUAGAACCUCAAGAUAAUUACAAUGACAACAAUACUCUCGGUUCAAAUUACAACCGUUCAGUUUCGGCUACUGGAAUGGAGUAUUCCAUUAAUAAAUCGAUAAAAAUAAUACCAGAGAUCGAUGAAGACUUCCUCGAUGAAUACUUUAUUCAAUUCGAGAUAAACGACGUCCGGGAAAGAGUGAAUGGGAGAAAAAUCAAACCGAUGACCAGAAAAAACGCUAUUGAUGAUCAAAUUGUCAUGGAACCAUGUACAUGCGUCAAAUAUAAGUGUUUCACGUGGUUAACAGAUGAUUUACGGCAGAAACUGUACAGCAGAUUUGUACGUCUCGCUCCGUUGAGUCAAAAGCUUUUCAUAAAACGGCAUAUCAGAAGAGAACAUAAAAAGCGAUCGUUCAAAAUAACGUCAAGAAGAAAUUACAGCAUGUUUUACUUCAUGCCUACGAAAAAAGGACAAUUCAAAGUCUGCAAAGUAAUGUUCAUGAACACGUUUAAAGUGACAGAUAAAAAGCUUCGAACGCUUCUUGAUAGUAACCAGUUUGAUGAGACCUUAACUGAAGAAAUCACGUUUGGUGAUGUUGAGAUUAACACAGGAAUUGAUAACAGCUACUUGCAUGCACCUGCCAGCAAUGAAGAAUCUCAACACAUAGACCAGUUUAAUACAGACAUCAAGGAAGAGCCCGAAUUAUUGUCUUGCACAAACGAGUAUGAGGAGGAAACUCCACCAGCAGAAGAUGCCCUUCUCGAUGACCAUCAAGCUGCCGAAUUACUCGCCACAAAUUGCUAUACGACUGAUGAAGAAACUUUAAGCGAAACAGAAACUCGCAAUAAGAGCGCAACCGUUGAUUUUGACGACGCUUUUAUUGAUGAAUACUUUUCCCCUUACGAGUGUGCUAUCAAUAUCAACCAAGCAUCUGUAAAAGCUAGAAAAAGAUGGAUCAACGCAGAUGCUAGUCCUUCAGGGCUGCAACCAUGCCCAUGCUACAAACAAUGUAGCAAGGUGUUCCCAGAUGAAUUGCGAACUAAAAUUUUCACUCGAUUUUCGAAACUCCCGCCGCUUAACCAACAACGAUUCCUGCGCUCACAUAUCAAAAUUGAUGGCCCUGAAAGAAGACGGAAACCAAGUACAUCGGUAAGAAACGUUUGGCUACAUUAUCUGCCAGGCAAUCCAGUUCCAGUAAAAGUUUGUCGAAAAAUGUUUACAAAUACUUUCCAAGUUACCGAGAAAAAAAUUCGCCUAUUAAUGAAACGCGGUUAUCUUGACGAAAAUUUACCUGGACACGAAACUGAAACCGAUGAUCAGUUGGAGCUGAAUGAAGAGACGAUGGAUGAUGAUUAUCACUUUAUGGCAGCGAUAUCCGAUCACCAAAUAGAAGAUGCAGAAGGUAUUGGUGUCAUGGCUGAGUUAACAGAGUUUCCGAAAAUUACCAAAGAAAAUACGAACGCCACUGUUCAAAAACACGACGAACAGGAUAAUCCAACUGUUUCAGCAGUGGAACUAGACGAAGCCUUCCUCAAUGGGUACUUUCAGGGGCUUUUGAACAGUGCUGUCGAUAAGAGACCUACGAAGCAUCUAUCGUGGCAUCAGGUUAACACAUCUGAGGUCCCCAAUACGUUGGGCCCGGCAUGCUCUUGUGAUCGGCAGUGUUACUUGAAAUUUCCGGAUCAUCUGCGUCACAUGAUUCGUAACAAAUACAUUCAAUUUUCUCUUGAAGAUCGAAUGUUUUUCGUAAAAAGUCAUAUAACGAUUGAAGAUCCACGUUGCAGUAAGGAAUCGAUGGAAAAGACUGGAUCCAAGAUCAUCUCUUGCUAUCAUUUUCCAAGCAAUGUUGGUCGCAUUAGGGUGUGCCGAGUAAUGUUUCGGAACACGUUCAACUUGGAUAAUGAACAAUUGCGAUCAAUUUUGAUCAUGAAAUGUUUUGAUCUCAGAAAAAGAUCGUUUGACAUCGACGAUCUUUCGACGGAUACGGAUUACUCGGAUAAUCCGUCUGUAGAAAUCAAAAUUGAAAAUAAUUCUGAGGAUCUGAACGAGACUGCAAAUCUAGACAAUUCCAAAAGGCAACAAGCUUUCGACAUUCCCAAUGAAUCGAUCGGAGCUGGAAAUGAUUUGCCUACGGACACGAAGUGUCCGGAUGAAUCGUCGGUCGAAACAAAAUUGGUCGAUAAUGAUAAUAAGAAACCUAAAAGGCGUAGUCGCACAGCCGUUCGAAACACCUUACAAUUAACUUGUUCUUGUCCACGUCAGUGUAACAACAAAUUUCCAAAUGAUCUUCGCCGGGCGCUUUUUGAAAAAUAUGCAGAAUUAUCCUUUCGAGAUCGAAUGCAGUAUUUGCGAAAUCAUAUUAAAAUUGUAUCUCCAAACGUCCGCAGGAAGCCAAUGUCAUCGAGAAGAAAAUUCACUUAUAUUUAUUACAUGCAACGCCUUGAUGAUCUCGUCAAGGUUUGUAAAAAUAUGUUCAUCCAUACGUUCGGCUUGACGGAUAGAAAACUUCGAUCAUGUUUAGCUAAGCAAUGGUCAGGAGGGAACACGCCCAAUGAAGAGGCCUACGAAGUGUCGGAUGCAGCAAUGAAUGAUGAUUCAUCUGUGGAAAUAAAGUACGAGAUCGAUUCCGAUGAUUUGGACGAGAUGAUAGUAGGAGACUAAAGUGCGUAAAUGUGACCAAAAGUGAAUAAAAACAUCAUUAUUCAUUAACAUUAAA